CGGCACAGCACGGCACGGCACAGCACAGCACGGUAUCAAUGGCAGCAGCUUGCUCACUGCUCCAAUCGGACACCUGAACGAUCGCGAAGGAGUGAAMGGAGAAUCAUCACCGCCGGCAUAACAUUGUAUCACUACGCGAAAGAAUAGAGUUGUUCUCGAUCACAUUGCCACCAUGAGCGAAAAGAAGACUGCCGAAGAAUACAAGGCGUACGUACUGUAUAGUGACAGAAUUCGAUCCGUCGCGACAUAGCCCUGGAUGAUGAUUCAUUCGCGUGCUGUCGCCUUGCCCUUUUCAUCCGACACAAGAUUACGGUACGGCACACUUUUGUUCUCACUCCAAACGUUGCUGCUUCCUUUUUUGUGUGCACGUCUUUUGAUAGCCUGGGGAACGAGGCGUUCUCGAAAAAGGACUUCAAAACCGCCAUUGAAUUCUAUUCCAAGGCCAUUCUGCAGGAACCCAAAAACCAUAUUUUUUUCUCGAACCGAAGGUACGUUGUGGACUGCGACGCAACUCAAUACUKAUCGAAAGACGACAAUAAUGGUUUGCGUUGCAUCAUAGAUUCGAGUAUCCUGCCGUGCUGUUUUUUGCAUGGCAACACUGCCUCUUUAUCGUUGCUUAUGACUAGUACUUGUCGUGUUUCGUUAAUUGCAUCGAUUGCAUCGAAUCGAAUCAUCGCAUUGCUUCUUCAGUGCGUCUCACGCGGGCUUGCAGGACUGGGAGAGCGCCAUUACCGAUGCCAAGGAAUGCAUCCGAUUGAACCCCGAGUUCAUCAAGGGGUAUUACCGUCUCGCCACGGCGCAGCUCGAGUCGAAGCAAUACGACGCAGCGGAAGCCACCAUCAAACAGGGACUGGGGAUCGAUGCCAACCACGGGCAGCUCACCCGGCUCCUGCGGAACGUCAAGCUCAACAAAAAGGCGGCCGCCGCGCCGUCGGCGCCCUCCCUGCCGCAAGGCAGCAACGCCGCCCGGCAACUCGACACGGCGACGAUGCGGGAAAUCCACGACCUGAAGGUGCAAUACGGCGCAACGGCACGGGAAUACAACACCGUCAGGGCCAACUUGAUGAAGGCCGCAAAGGAAGAAAAAAUGUACGGCAUUACGCUCAACGAAGUAAAGGAAAACCCGUCGGCGACCGGGGACUAUUACCGAAGCGUCGGRAAAUUGUUUAUGCGACAAACCCAACCGGAAAUUCUAGACCAUUUGGAAACAAACAUCGAAAGCCAAAAGAAAAAGCAGCAAGAGCUUUCCGGAAAAUCGGACUACCUGGAGAAGAGAUUAAAAUCUCAGCAAAUGAACAUGAAGGAGUUGGCUCAGCAAUGAUGAACUAUUCUACAGUGCCGUAAAGUUGGAUCGGGUGGAGGGGGAGGGAAUCAGUGCAAACGUGCCAAAUAUUUAUGCGAUUGGGGGCACUCGAAUCCUCUAGCUCUCAAGCUACAAUAGCAUGGUUGGUGCGGAGCCGAAGUCCACAAAAUUUGGCUCGGAUCCUUUCACUUACUGUUGACACUUGGAAAUAGUACUUAUUUCUGAGGAAAAGGCGAUAAUUUACAAAACUAU